AUGGCAUAUGAUAUUUAUGAAGAUGUUGACGACACAACUGUUCCUGCAAGUAGGGUAAAGUCAGAGGAACCGAAAAGUGACGAAAAACUGAUAGAAGAAGAAAAACCGAUAGAAGAAGAGAAACCAAAAACUGAAGAGAAACCAAAACCAAAGUUUAGUUUCCAAACUAAACCAAGUCAACCUUCAUUAGCUGGUAUGGGUUGGCGUCAAAGACUUAUGGCAGCAGGCGGUUAUGUUAAGUAA